AAACGUCUAUUGAUAAAGAAAGCGGCGCCAAUAGCUAUCUCCGUGAGGAUCGAGCUUCUUAUUAGGAGGGUUACUGCGCUUUCAGCUUGAUGAUGUUCAUAAUAUGUACAGGAACACUGAGGAUUUGAUUAUGAUAACUGCGGCAGUUUGUUGAUCAUCGUUGUACAACGUGCAAUAUCUUAUUAAUAUGGACACUGUCUCUAGAUGUCUGGUGACUAAGCUGGUUGUGGCCGUCCUCUCUGGCAUCGUGUUUCAUGUCGGUCUGAAUGUGACACAAACAUUCCCUUCCGAUGUCACCAAGCCAUUUGAAGAGAAGAUCAGAUGCCGAGUUCGUCCAGUUAAUGAAUCCAUCUUGGAACAUGACUUUUACAGUGGAGAUUUAAUUGAGCCUGAUUCGCAAAGACGGGCUUCUGAAGGCUUCAUUCAUUUUUACGAAGAUACCAAACAUUAUGACUCCCCGCAGGGCCUGUACAUUACCAGCGAUGGGCACUACCAUGCUAACAAACAUCUACAUAGGAAAACGCCAUUGCAAGGGCUUUACUUUGAUUAUAUCCAAGAUAACACAACAUGUCAUCAAUUACAUUUAGCUGAUAAAGAAACUGCUUCAAGCUGUAGGGUACCUGAAGAGGGCGCCCCAUCAGUCAUUGAUGGGAAAGAGGAAAUGGACAAUGAUACAGAACUGGAGGCGGAGAAGACACCAAAAUGUAUCAAAAGAGUUCAUAUAUUUUCGAGUAUGAAACACACGAUGACGUUUCCAGAAAUGAAUCACUUUCGAAGAUUUCUACAAACGAGCUCCAAGACAGAUUACGAGUCUGACAUCGACUGCGUGGCCGAGGGUUACCAUUGUGAUAUAGUCCUUACCCUCGGAGACAGGUUACACUCAAUGAGAGGAAAAGAUGCAGUGAUCUUUGGGAUGGUCCCUACAAUAUGGAAGGGACAUGACAUGCUUCAUAUAAUUUCGAAUAUAUCUCCUGAUCCCUCACAAACUUGGAUCUACUUCAGUACGGAGUCUCCUUACAGAGUAUCUCGUUGGGCCCAGCCUUUUGACAUUGCUUCUUUGAAAUACCACGUUCUGAUGACCUACAACAGAGAAGCCGAUAUUCCUAUUCCGUUUGGGCAUUACAGAGAGUUUGACAACACCACUGGCACGACGGAUGAUACGGUCAUGUCUGAUGCCUUUUUCGGGAACAGGACAGGACUUCUUUCCUGGGUGGCAAGCAACUGUAAAGAAGUGUCUUGGCCGAGGAUGCCCUUCAUCCAGAAAAUCCUCGAAGAAAUACCCUUGGAUGACUACGGCGCGUGCGGACACAAGAAGUGCCUCCCGAGGAGGUCGGAAGCAUGCAACAGGUUCUUCGCUAGUUACAAGUUCUUCCUGGCCAUUCCUAACUCUGAAUGCCGCGACUACAUCACCGAAAAAUUCUGGAUGAUAUCUCUCCUGUACGGUGCAGUGCCACUCGUCCUAGGUGCCCCCAAGAGGGAUUACGAGCAGGUGGCACCACCAAAUUCCUUUGUCCAUAUUGGUGAUUUCGAGGACAUCAAGGACCUUGCGGAAUUCCUCCAGAAAGUUGAUCGCGACGAGACCUUGUACAGGAAAUUCCACGACUGGAGACGUCGGGGUGAGGUAGUCAACACCUACCCCUUGCGUCCAGGAGAUCUGUGUAGGACAAUACCUCACAUUCAUCCUCGGGAGGAGGGCGAUAUUAAGUACCUUGGGGACUCUGUCUGGUUCACGUCUUGCAGAACACCCCUGAACAACCUUACCGCAAGUCAAGAUUAUACCGAAAUGGAAUAUUGGUCUCCAUGGAAAUAAUCAAUUAUUUGCUUGCGGGCGUAUAACUUUUUGAGGAACGUACAUUAAAUGCUUCAAUUUCCAAAGAUAUCAUUUUUAUAUUAGUUUAAUGUACUUUUGACAUUAUGAAUGUGAUUUUACUAUGUUUUUUUUUGUGUUAUUAUCUACGACUUUAUUCAUCGUUCUAACGGAUAGCUUAUGAAUUUAAUCAUGUUUCACCGAAAAUAAGUUGUUUUCUUGACUCUCCUUACAAAGGUUUUCUUUUAUUAUCAUCUUUAUUUAUCAUUCUUAACGGAUAGUUUAUGAAUGUAAUCAUGUUUCACCGAAAAUAAGUUUUCUUGACUCUCCUUACAAAGGUUUUUUUUUAUCAUAAUCAUCUUUAUAUAUCAUUCUUACGGAAAGCUUAUGAAUUUAAUCAUUUCCCCCAAGAAAAAAGUUGCAUUCUUUACUCUCCCUUCAAAUAUUGAAGCUGCUAAUGAAAAUCCACAUUAAUAUCAUCUACAUGUAUUAUGAAUUAUAGCACAAAAUAAGAUGAAACAUCAAUAGAUGUUUGACGAGCUUUCCCCAAAUAAUAACAUUUUGAUUUUUUGCAAAACAGACUUUGUGAAGUCACUUGCUAGCAUCUCCCACAUCAUAAAUGACAUAAAUACUAUGAUAUUUUUUCUUUUAUAGAAUCGAUAAUUAUUAUCAUUAUUACUCUUAUUAACAAUAAAUAAGGUGUUUAUUUAGCUGGUUCUGUUUUCUAUGCGCUUUACAAUUACGAAUAAACAAAAUAUAGAUAUACAAAAAAAUAUAAAUGUUUCAUUAUCAUAACAUAAACCAAAGUUAUGAUUGUUGUUUUUGUUAAUAUUCUUAUGAUUUAAGACUGCAGUAGUUCUAGAUCUACUGUAGAUCUUACAAUACAAUACUUCAUGUUGAUUUCAGUGAAUCCGCAUUGUAUUUUUUUUUUCAUCAGGUAAAAAAAGGUAGAAGAUUGAUUUAGCAUUGUGAUAGCAAAAUCGACAUUUGUCUUUGUUCUAAUACCAAUAAGUCUACAUCUACUUUAGAUCUGCAUGCACAUAGCCGUAAGCUGAAACUUUUCGCUGGGGCAUCACAACGUUUUUUUCUUAAACUCAAAAGCGAUUGAGUGAAGUGAGCGAGCUUGUCCAUAUGGUGUUUUGGUAUUUCGUCGAGUGAAAUUGAAGGGUUUAAUGCAUACUUUUUGUGGAUUUUAUAAAAAAAAAAUUAGUAAAAAUGUAAGUAGGGCCAUGGAUCUUCAAGCAAGUAUUGAUUUCCAUUUGAUUUUUGAGGAUCUUUUAUCUUGAUGUCAAGUUGAACUUUGGCCAUUUCUGGUCACGUUUACGAUAAAUCUUUACUUUAUUUAGUUACAGGCACUUAAUGUAAAAAGAUAGAGAAUUGUAAAUAAUUACGAUGGAAUUAAACUUUGAUAAUCUUGCUUCUGUGUGAAAUCACACGGAUAACCCACUUCUUUUGACAUCUGACCUUGAACCUGCAUAUUGAAGACAACAAAAAUAUUUCCAUAAUAGCUGACUAAACAUGUUGCUAUUGUAACCAUUGAAUUACUAUAUCUCUAAAAUGUGAAAAUUCAUAACUAAAUAAAGUUAAGAUUUGUCAUAAUUUCGGUCAUUUCGUGACCAAGAAUGCCCCAUUAUCUCUUUGAUGAGUUAUCCACGACUAGAAAAUUAUAGCCAAGCCAAGUGAGAUUCAUACCAUUUUGGUUCCUUAAUUUCAUUAACAAAAGCUGAAAUAAGCUUACGAAGAAUGGUAAUAAAGCCAUUAUAGAAAAAUUGUCAGUGAGCGUAACAUAAUAUGUAUUCUCAUCAGAACGCUUCUUCCUAAAAUGCGACUUGAAGAUCAUUGGUCAUUUAUGGAAAACAGUCAUAAUUCCUAGUUAACAUAACCCAUUCUCUAAUGUUAAGAUAUAGCAUUUGAAUUUCAAAUUUUCGUUUUCAAUAAUUAUUCACAAAUCAUGAGAGAUUAAACGAGUAGUGCGAAUUUC